GCUGGAGUAGGUCACUCAAGGACAACGCCAUACCAUCCGCAGGGCAAUCCAGCUGAGCGAUUGAACCGCACCAUACUCCAGAUGUUGAGAACACUGACAGAAAGUGAGAAACUGCGGUGGAAGGACCACCUCCCACACAUUAUCCACGCAUACAAUUGUACUCGACAUGAAUCCACUGGCUACUCACCCUUUUUCCUCCUCUAUGGCCGUCAUCCACAUCUCCCAAUUGACUUGCUGUUUGGGUUGACUCGAGAUAAGGAGUCAUACUCGCCAAGGGGUUAUGCGGAAACAUGGGCUGAGAGAAUGGCAGAAGCCUAUCGGAUUGCAAGUGAGAACAGCAAAAAGUCCAGUGACAGAGGGAAAGUAAUCUAUGACAGGAAAACCAAAGGAGUCAUGUUGCAACCUGGAGACCGGGUUCUGGUAAGGAAUCUCAGUGAACGUGGAGGGCCAGGCAAGUUAAGAUCAUAUUGGGAGAAGACUAUCUAUAUCGUCAAAAGUCAGCUUGCUGAGAGUCCAGUGUACAUUGUCAGUCCUGAGAGCGGUGACCACAAGAAAACCAGAACACUACACCGCAAUCUCCUAUUGCUAGUAAAUGACUUGCCUGUGGAAGUUGUUUCACCCCGUGCCAGACAUGUCCCUGACAAGAGACCAAAACACAAAGAAAGACAGACAGACGCACAAGAAAUGGAUGAGAACGACAACUCAGACUCAGAUGAUGACUGUGUCUCUCAUUACUGGCUCAGAGUACCUGCGGAAAGAACUGAAGAAAGAUCUCUCAUCAACCAUGAGGAACUUACCUUUUCUCUGAGAGAUCCUUGUCAAAACCCUGUAAGAGACUCAGUUGCUCCCGAACCUGUGAUCAGCAGUGGUCAUACGGUGCCCGAGCACAACCUGUCUCCUACAGAAAGUGGAGCUGAACAAAACCAGGAUGAAGACCAGCGUGCUCUUAUUGAACCUGAGACAGACGAUGGAGUUCAAGAGCGAUCCCAGAUCCGAUCCCAGACCCCACCUGUUGAGCAUGAUCAGCCAGAGAUUAGAAGGUCUGCUCGUGAAACAAAACCAACACACUGUGUUAAAUAUUGAGUGUGUAUGCAGUUACUCCGCUCCCACCAGUAGGAGGCACUGUGAGAUGGUGGUGUGCCUGCCGCUCGUGGAUUCCCCUCAUAGCUGAGGAGGAAUCAGAGACGACAAACCGCUUCUCCUGUGUCAUCUUAUUGUUUUCCAUUAUUCCAGGUAUGUUGUGUUUGAAACUGUAAGGAAAAUGGGUGUAACUGCUAGUUAAUGUUUGUAGACAAAGUCGAAUUCAGAACGAUGGUGUUAAUGAGCGGUAAGAUGCGUUAUCCUUUGUUUAUGAGAUCGAUCGUCACCGAGAGUGAAAGUGACAGCAGUGCGGCCAUUUUGCUAGCAGGCAGCUAACUACUGAAAGCCUGUGUGAGCUGAUGCACUUUCAUUCUCAUUGUUUCAUGUAUUACAUGGCAAGUUUCUCUAUGUAUUUGAUGUUUAUAUCUUUGUGCUAGUUAAAAGGUAGAUUAAAACUGAGAAGAGUAAAAUGUAUAAAUUAAUCAAUAUGUUUAAAAGUUUGUGUUUAUUUACUUACUACUGUUUAAUAUGGAGUCCAUUAAUACCUCAUGGUAUUUUUCUAAAGGUACAUUUAAAAUACAGUACUAACCAGUGUUAAUCUGUGAUAUGAGAAAGAGACAUAAAGGAGAUAUUGUAACAGAGUUAAUGUCUGAUGAAUAUGUGUGAUUUAUGGACACUGAAACAUGUCUAAGGAGACAUUAUACAUAUGUGUGUACAGCAAGAUGAUGCUGAUUUAAAAUGGACAGUGUUAACAG